AUGUCGAAUAUUAGAACGAUGAAAAAUAUUAAUGCACAAUUAAAGAGUAUAGAUAUCCAAAGUGUCCAGCGAUCAAUAGACAGAUCUCAGAUAACAGCUAGGAAAUCCAAAUCCCAUCAAAAAACCAUGGACGUGACUUUGAAUGUUGUUACUCGACAAGUAGAUCAUACGUUGGAAACCCGGGUACAUAGAAAAUUUCCAAAAUACAACACUUUACUUCAUGCUUCUAGUCAUCAUCCAUGCCACAUUAUCAACAACAUCCCCAAGUCCCAAUAUUUACGUAUCAAACGUAUAUGCUCUUCUGAACAAACUCGCCAAGAGUGUCAACAAGAUUUAACAAAUAGACUGGUAACUAGAGGCUAUAGUAAAGAUCACAUUUCCCAAGCUGUAACCCAGGUUGUCUGGAGAUGGUGGAAAAUCUCUCUAAGGAGUGAAUUUCGAAAUACUAAACCUGGAGAAAUAAGAGAAUCUCAUCAAGAUUUCUUGGAUGAUACAACAUUGCAGGUUCAGAUUGGCAUCGUGUUUGGCAAAAACAUCCUUGCCUAUGUCCUCAAUCUGUGUCGAGGUAACUUUGACUACUUGGGCCGACUUCCUGAUUCUGUGCUUCUGUAUAUAAUUUCCUUUCUGGAUUUAGAAGAUAUCACUACCCUUUCUCAGACUUCCCAUAAAUUUAAGAAGCUGUGCAAUUCUGAUGAUCUGUGGGAACACAUUGUACAGAGCUUAUGUGAUACUAUCACUCCUGAAAUGAAGGCACUGGCAAAUGAAAUUGGCUGGAAGCAGAUCUUCUUCACCAACAAACUGCAGCUGCAAAUGCAGAUUCGACGGAGAAGACAGAAAAACAUUUCAUGAUACUGAUACAAGUUCAACCUACUUUUGUAUCAACAGCCUCUUUUAUGUAUGCCUUUGUAAUUUUUUGUAACUUUGGUUUACUGUACUUCUGAGGAAUAGUUUUUCAUCAAGCAUAACUGCUUUUGAAGUAAUCUUUUUGUAAAUGUUUUAAUGUUUUACAACUGUAAAUGAUCCUAAAAUAUAAUAGGUGUGUUUUUUAUGAUUAUUUGUAAAAAAUAGUAGUGUAUGACUUACUGUUUUAAAAACGAACAAUAUUUUGC